AUUUCAAUUAUUCUAGUUGUCUUCUAUCAAGGUGUCGAAUACGUUAUGGCGAAAAUGGUUGUAGACGAUACAGACGCACAGCUAUUCCUUCAAUUUGCCAAGCAAAUCCCAGCGAGUUUAGAUAGAGAAAAUUCCAUUUCCUAUUACUUUAUUAUGGACAAUGUUUCCAUACAUACAAGCAAGCUUUUAAGCUAUUUCUUACGCACCCACACAAGGCACAGAUAUUCGGUUAAAAGAAAACCAGGUCUCACUGCUGAUCAAGCUAUAGAAUGUAUUAGUAUUUGUAAAUACAUCAAGUUUGAUGGAUCUGAACCGAUGAAAAGCGGAAAACUCUCUAUCAACAUACCGCACUGCCAGUUGAACAUACUUAUACUUAACAGUAUAAUAUGCUUGGACGAGACAGAAAUAAUAAAUAGAUCUCUUGCACGGGAGAUUGGGGAGUACGACAUUGAAUAUGCUCAGACGCUCUGUAAAGAGUUUAUGAGCAAUUGCAUUUCUGCUUAUAAUACUGUGAACAAAAAGCUCUAUCGAAAAUGUUGUGGUGAUUGUGGAUAUUUAGAGGAUUCUAGUAUUUCAGAGGAUUUAAGUUAUUAUGCGGGCACAAAACUAUACAGCCAUUUUGGGACACGACGUUUACAACGUUUACUAAUUAAAUCUAGCUGGAAGCUAUAUUAUACGGGAAUAGAUCAGUACGCUGUUGAUUAA